ACAUAAACGACGGAGUGGUUCAUGUAGGAAUAAGCAACGGCUUACAGUUAUCAUAAAACUCGGAGCUGUCGUCAUUUACGUGUAGCUUUUUUUUUUUAAGGGAUAUCGCUGUUUAAUUAAUUUAAGUCCGUUCGUGUCAGAAUAUUUAAGUGUUUUUGGGAGAAACGAAUCGUUCCGUGAAGACUUGAGUGAAGAACGCGAAUAUCCUGGAGUGUAGCAUCCGCGGCUAACAGACAAAACGCAUCUAACCUGAUAGACAUUAAUAUUUGUAUUUCUGUCUUAGCUUAUUUUACUGGUCCGACACUUUUGAUCUUUUGAUUACUUAAUUUAACAUUGACCAUAUCGCCCAAGGAAAUUAUUUUUUAGAUAUAAUAUACGCGAAGGCUCCGGAGGCCGCGGAGCUGCGCUGCUAGCUUCUAUCUCACUCCGCUAAGGGGAAAUUAAACCGUCAUUUCAUAUCUUGGUAUUUCUGUGAACCUCUAACUCUACCAUCGAGAGCUGACCCCCUGCACGGACUCAUAUCGUUUAAAAAAUUUAUCGUUUUUUUCUUAUUGUCUGAGGAUUUUCCUCCUCCGUGUCCUCAGCUACCGACGGUUAGCUGCUUCCGGCGAGCUGGCGACGCCGCUCAUCCCAGGAUAAACUAAACUCUCUGCCUCCUGACCUCGAGGUGUGAGUCAGCCAGACUUCUUUUCCUGUGGCGGUUCAGGACAGGGCUUUCAGUUAUCAGUCAAUGAUGUCAGAAGAAGGAAAGCAAAACGCUGCGCCUGCCUCUGCAUCCACAAUGGACACGAAGUCUGAGUCCACAGCCUCGCCACCUACCGGCCAGGCGGUUUCAUCGGUGUCUCCCCCAGUGUCCACAGUAGCACAGCCAGCACCACCUGCAACUGAGGAUGAAGAGGAGGAGAGCGAAGAUGAAUCUGAGAUUCUGGAGGAAAGCCCCUGUGGACGCUGGCAGAAACGGAGAGAGGAGGUUAACCAGCGCAACGUCCCAGGUAUUGACAAUGCUUACCUUGCCAUGGACACCGAGGAGGGUGUGGAGGUGGUGUGGAAUGAGGUCAUGUUUUCUGAGCGGAAGAACUUCAAACUACAAGAGGAAAAAGUGAAAGCAGUGUUUGAUAACCUCAUCCAGCUGGAACAUCUGAAUAUAGUGAAGUUUCACAAGUACUGGGCUGAUGUGAAGGAGAACAGAGCCAGGGUUAUUUUCAUCACAGAGUACAUGUCUUCUGGGAGCCUGAAGCAGUUUCUAAAGAAGACAAAGAAGAAUCAUAAGACCAUGAAUGAAAAGGCAUGGAAACGCUGGUGCACUCAGAUAUUAUCUGCCUUAAGCUAUCUGCAUUCAUGUGAACCUCCCAUUAUCCACGGGAACCUGACCUGUGACACCAUUUUCAUACAGCACAAUGGACUCAUCAAAAUCGGAUCAGUGGCCCCAGACACCAUUAAUAACCAUGUGAAAACAUGUCGGGAGGAACAGAAGAGUUUGCAUUUCUUUGCUCCAGAGUAUGGAGCUGUUGCCAGUGUCACUACAGCCGUGGACAUCUAUUCCUUUGGAAUGUGCGCCUUAGAGAUGGCUGUGCUGGAAAUCCAGAGUAAUGGAGAGUCCUCAUAUGUGUCACAAGAAGCCAUUAAUAGUGCCAUUCAGUCUCUGGAGGACCCACUGCAGAGAGAGUUUAUUCAGAAGUGUCUGGAGGUGGACCCCAGUAAGAGGCCCACAGCCAGAGAGCUGCUUUUCCAUCAAGCUCUGUUUGAAGUGCCUCUUUUGAAACUACUGGCUGCACACUGUAUCGUCAGUCACCAGCACAUGAUCGCAGAAAAUGCUUUAGAGGAAAUUACCAAGAACAUGGACCCCAACCAGGUCAUUAUGGAAAGAAAAGAGGUCCAGCUAAAACUCUCACAGUUUCCUGCCUUGGAGCUUGACAAGUUCCUUGAGGAUGUGAGGAAUGGGAUCUAUCCAUUGACUGCCUUCGGCUUGCCCUGCCCACAGCAGCCUCAGCAAGAGACUGUCAAGUCUCCCAUCGUGCCACCCUCUGUCAAAACGCCUACGCCUGAGCCUGCAGAGCUGGAGACCAGGAAGGUUGUACAGAUGCAGUGCAACAUCGAGCCUGUGGAGGAAGGAGCGAAACAUCAUCUGACCUUACUGCUAAAACUGGAAGAUAAGCUGAACCGACAUCUGAGUUGUGAUUUGGCGCCAAAUGAGAAUGUACAGGAGUUGGCUGUGGAACUGGUUCAGCUUGGCUUCAUUAGUGAGGGGGAUCAGCCACGUCUCACUACUGUGCUGGAGGAGGCCUUCUCUAGAUUCUACAGCCGUAACGGCUCUCUGAAUCCUGUGACCGUGUCCUCAUAGCGGAGGGUCGAAACUGCCAGCUCCUCUCCACCAUCCUUUAUCUUCAUGCACGGGACGGGACGGGACUCUAGCGCUUCAUCACUCAGAGGAUUGUGUUCGAGCUUUGUGGGGAGGGAUCAGAACGCCUCGAACCGAGCCUCAAAAAGAAAACGACCCCUGCGCUCUGUUCUUCACACCACUUUAGGUGUUGGCUGAUGGUUCCCGUGUACAUUUAUUCUGUCAGUGUAGCAGUCUGCUUCUCUGUUUUAAAAGAAGAAAAAAAUGACUCUGUUAUUAUUUAAAUCAGUAUUACGAGCUGUAUUUUGGAACAUUUUUGCUUUCGGUAUGUGUGGGAUUGGUUACUUCUGGUUUGCACUUUAGCAAAUCCUUUUUGUUGUCUUUUUAGGCACAUCACAUGCAUCUUUCAUGGUCUUUUAUUCACCCUUUCAAACAUUCAUUUAUUCUUUUUUUAUUGCAAGGGGAAUGCGUUGUGUUAUUUUGAAAUUACCAAAUAACACUGUCUUUGUUGUACCUUUUAAGGCACACAUUAAUUGUGGUUAACUUUGGUCUGCAAUGCAAGAUCUAUGACGACUGUGAAAGGAAAGGGGUUCUCGAAGCAUCGAAAAAGCAAACAGAUUAUUUAUCUCUAUGCGUAUGGUCUAUUUUCAAGCGUUUCACUUUCAUCAUUGUGGCGGCUGUUUUUCUCCCCCUUUAUUACCUGUGAAUGUAUGCUGUAAGUUUUCAUUUUAUUGUUUCUAAGAGAAGGGCACUUGAUUUGAUUUUGACUUGUCUUUUUCCCCUGUAUGUGACACAGUUAUGAGUUUCAUUAUAAAGAAAUUAUCUACAGUGCACCAGACGUGUUAAAAUGUGCCUUUUAACAGAGACACAAUCAAUCCAUGUUCAGAAGACCCAUAGACUGACAAACAUAUUGUAUUAUUCCUUUUUUCAUUGUGCAGAUCCUGUAUUGUUGUUUCUUUCUGAACCGGUCUGCAUGCUAAUAUACUGUAACAUUUUUUUUUUUUGGCAUAUUUGCAGUAUAUUAAAACUCCUGGGGUUUCUGGUGGUGCGUUUGUUUGGCAGCAUCAUUUCAAUCCAAACAAGCAGUUUGCACUGAUUCAUUUUAUGUUGAUGGCAAUAAAUUUCAUAUUCACCUCUAUGGUACAUCAACAUCUGUCUGUUACAAGCAGCAAAUUUGAAAUUAUGCAUGAAAUGUGGUUUAACAAACAUUUUCUUUUACUGACACAUUGAGAAGUUUGUUUCUUUUCAGUUAUAAAAAUGGUACAAGUUCAGAUAUGAGAUAGUGGAGUGGCAACGAUGCCUGAAAAGCACACCAAAUCAAUGUUUGUUUUUUUUUUUUUGUUAAUCCAGACCAGCUAUGUAGUUGUUUUGAAAGAAACAACAGGCUUUGUCUCACGCAGAACAUUCAGAAACUCAUAACUGCUUUUACUCUGUUAACCUCUCUUUUCAAAGUUGCACCAUUUCUUGAUAUAAAGAUGAGAGACGGGGUACUUCCA